AUGCCCGCCACCGGCUCCGAACUGCCGCGCCCACUGUCACUGCCCGCCACGCAGGAGCGGGGCACAGAGCCGCCGCUGCCGCCGCCGCCGCACGGGGAGCUGCAGUACUUGGGGCAGAUUAAGUACAUCCUCCGCUGCGGCUCCCGGAAGGACGACUGCACGGGCACCGGCACCCUGUCGGUGUUCGGCAUGCAGGCGCGCUACAGCCUCAGAGAUGAAUUUCCACUGCUCACAACCAAACGUGUUUUCUGGAAGGGUGUUUUGGAGGAAUUGCUGUGGUUUAUCAAGGGAUCCACAAACGCUAAGGAGCUGUCUUCCAAGGGAGUGAAAAUCUGGGACGCCAAUGGGUCCCGAGGCGUCUUGGACAGCCUGGGAUUCUCCACCAGAGAAGGAGAUCUAGGCCCAGUAUACCGCUUUCAGUGGAGGCAUUUUGGGGCCGAAUACGAAGAUACGGAUUCAGAUUAUUCAGGCAAAGGAGUAGACCAACUGCAGAAGGUGACUGACACAAUCAAAACCAACCCUAAUGACAGAAGAAUCAUCAUGUGUGCCUGGAAUCCAAAACACCUCCCGCUCACGGCCCUCCCGCCCUGCCAUGCCCUUUGCCAGUUCUAUGUGGUGAACGGUGAGCUGUCCUGCCAGCUGUAUGAGCGGUCAGGAGACAUGGGCCUGGGCGUGCCCUUCAACAUCGCCAGCUACUCUCUGCUCACCUACAUGAUUGCACACAUCACAGGCCUGAAGCCAGGUGACCUUGUACACACUUUGGGAGAUGCACACAUUUACCUGAAUCACACUGAGCCACUGAAAAUGCAGCUUCCGCGAGAACCAAGGCCUUUCCAUAAGCUCAAAAUGCUUCGAAAAGUUGAGAAAACUGAUGGCUUCAAGGCUGAAGACUUUCAGAUUGAAGGCUACAAUCCUCAUCCGACUAUUAAAAUGGAAAUGGCUGUUUAAAGUGCUUUUAAAGGAGUUGUUUGAAGCAU